CCCACGUUAGUCUCCACAUAAACCCUAAAAAACACACACAAACCUCAUCCUUACCCUUCAACUCUCGUUUACUCCAAGCGCCGCACUUCAUUUCUCUCUCUCUCUCUCUCUCUCUAAACACAAAAUGGCAGAGCGCGGAGGCGGUGAUCGCGGCGGCUUCGGUCGCGGCUUCGGCGGGCGCGGACGUGGCGGUGACCGCGGGCGCGGGAGGCGGCGCGGGCCGAGGCGCGAGGAGGAGGAGAAGUGGGUCCCAGUGACGAAACUAGGCCGUCUGGUGAAAGAGGGGAAAAUCCGAAGCCUUGAACAGAUCUACCUCCACUCGCUCCCCAUCAAGGAGCACCAGAUCAUUGACACCCUCGUGGGCCCCACCCUCAAGGACGAGGUCAUGAAGAUCACGCCCGUCCAGAAGCAGACCCGCGCCGGCCAGCGCACCCGCUUCAAGGCCUUCGUCGUCGUCGGCGACGGUAACGGCCACGUCGGUCUCGGCGUCAAGUGCAGCAAGGAGGUCGCCACCGCCAUCCGCGGCGCCAUUAUUCUGGCCAAGCUUUCCGUUAUCCCCGUCAGGAGGGGUUACUGGGGGAACAAGAUCGGCAAGCCCCACACCGUUCCCUGCAAGGUUACGGGCAAGUGCGGCUCCGUUACCGUUAGGAUGGUUCCCGCUCCUCGGGGUUCGGGAAUCGUGGCCGCUAGGGUUCCCAAGAAGGUGCUUCAGUUCGCUGGGAUCGAAGAUGUCUUUACUUCCUCCAGAGGAUCCACCAAGACCCUCGGCAACUUCGUUAAGGCUACUUUUGACUGCUUGAUGAAAACAUACGGUUUCCUGACACCAGAGUUCUGGAAGGAAACUCGCUUUUCCAAAUCUCCGUUCCAAGAGUACACUGAUCUCUUGGCAAAACCAACAGGAAAGACUCUAAUCUUGGAGGAGGAAAGGGUGGAUGCUUGAUUUGCCAGUUUUGUUUUUAUGGAUGUUUUAGGAACUGUGACUGUUACUUACAUAUUUUGUUGCUUCCGUGCUUUACUAUUUUUUGUUGAGGAACGGUAUAUCUGUGUUUGCAUUUCGAUUGUUUUAAGUUUUAAUUGACUCCAGUUUUAAAUGUCAUAGUUUUCUACCUGUUUUAUUUA